CUUCUAUCUCCCUCUCUCUCGCGCCUCUCACUACAAAAACUUUGCCGAUCGAACCGUAACAAGUCUCUUCCCUCACGCUUUGUUCUUCAACUCUCAAGCAUAUCGCAUUGUGCUUGAGAGAGACUUUCUCCUCUUCUUUUUGUUUGUUUGUUUCAUCCUUGAGAAAAGAGAGAGAAAGCAAUUCGAAGAAGAGUGAUAAACAGAUAUGGCGGGUGAUGAUCCAAAAUCAUCCGCUCCUAAAGACGAUGGGUAUGAAGAUCCCUACAUUAAUGAUCCAUUUGAUGGGUUCGGGCCCUUUACGGACGAAGAUCUAAUUAAUGUAAUGGCCGACAUAAACCCAAACUUAAUGGACAUGUCUUUCACGGAACACACGCCUCCGUCUGUGUUACCUACAUUACCAUCGGACGUGGACGAAACUCAUUUGUUUCAUGAACUCGAUCUUUCGAUCAGUAACUACGACUCCAAAGAUGAGUUCGAGACACUGUCUUUCGUUGAAGACGGUUUCACCAUCCCCUUGGAUAUGUUCGAACAACCUAAUGAUGAACAUAACGACAACAAUGAUGUCCCAGGAGAGAUUGGUAAUGAUAAUGGUAAAAACGUUGUUGGUGAUAGUACUCGACUUGAAUUGAGCACUAGAGUUUUUGGUGGUGCUAAUGGUCUAGACUUUGAAAUUGGUGGUUCAGCAACAAUGCCUGUCCCGGUUACAACGACAAUCUCUGAUGGAGUUCACGCAUGCAAUUGUUGCAGAUUGCUUCGAGAAUUAGUCCAUCUCAAGGAAGGGGAGGAAAGGAGUAAGCUUGACAUCUAUGGAGGAAUUGGUUUCAUUUGCCAUGCUAUUCUCUUGAUUCAACUGUUGGCUCCUGAUUCUAUGCAACGUCAACCUCUAAUAUUUCAUCUGCAGCAUUUAACGAUGGAGGAAGUUAAAAAGUUCAUAGAAGAUUAUUGCUACCAGAGAGUAGCAAAUGGUUUAUCACUUUUGCAAGACACUAAUGCUGCUUUUUAUCAAGCAAUGAGUGCCAACUCCAUCUUUAACCAGCCACCACCUAUGUUGACAUUACCAUCAAGCACUGAUGUUCCACUGUCUUUGCUUUCGCCUAACGAAGAUCACGAUGUUCCACUGUCUUUGCUUUCGCCUGAGGAAGCCCUAGAUAUUCAGCCAGUUCCACCACAUGUUGAACUAAGGGAGGAACCCACCACCAGGUUGCCGAAACAAAGGGAAAAGCGACAAACACCUCUUGCUGCACAGAGAGAAAGAACUAAAAAUAUGACACUGAAGGAUGUUUGUAAGCUUUUUGAUCUCCCAAUUGAACAAGCGGCGAAGGAGAUGAAAGUGUGUGUGACAGUUCUAAAAAAGAUCUGUCGGAAAGGAGGCCUUCCUCGGUGGCCUCACCGCAAAAUCAAAAGCCUCCAGGCAAAAAUCGAGGCAUUGAAGACUUUGUUACUCACGGCAAAGGAUGGUGAAGUUAAGGCUCGUACUGAAGCUGAGAUUGAGAGGCUACAACGUCAAAUAGACAAAAUUUGCAGUGACAUACUCAAAAAUAUGUAAUUUGUUUUUCAUUCAAAAUCCAAAGACUUGAUACACUACGUAGAUUUUAUCGUUUGUUACGUUUUGAUACACAAAUAGUUGAAUUAUAUUUUUUUAGUAUACAAUUAUUGACGUUUCCAGCAGAACAAUAAAAUUCUUGAAAAAUUCAAAUAAA